AUGGCUCCUCAAGAACUCACAGGCAUCCUCGUCGCUCUCAUCACCCCCUUCAAAGCCGACGGCUCUGUCGACUAUGAAGCUCUCGACGCCCAUAUCCAACGUCAAAUCAAAGCUGGUGUCCACGGUUUUGUGCCAGGUGGCAGCACUGGCGAAUUCACUGCAUUGACCGUCCAAGAACGUAAAGAUGUUCUCGCCCAAGUCGUCAAGUCAGCAGCUGGCCGUGUCCCCGUCGUCGCUGGUAUUGGCGAUCUCACUACCUCCGGUGUCGUCGAUCUUGCCAAGCACGCUGCUGAGGUCGGCGCCGCUGCUACCAUGAUUGUUCCUCCCUUUUACGAUGCUCCCAACUUGAAGCAGCUAAGGGGCAUGUUUGAGGAGAUUUACAAGGAAAGCGGUCUUCCUAUCAUGUACUACAACAUUCCCAGCGCCAGCGGUGUUAGUCUAUCACCAGCUGAGAUCGCUGGUCUUUCAGAGGUUGGCGUCAAGUAUCUCAAGGACACAUCUGGCAACGCCCCUGCCCUUACAGAUCUUCUCUUCCACCACCACAACACCAUCACCGCGCUCAACGGAUGGGAUACUCUUACCUUUUACGGUCUCUGCGCUGGCGCCAAGGGAUCAGUCUGGGGAACAACAAAUGUUCUCCCCGAAUUGUCAGUCCAGCUGUGGAACGCCAUCGCUGUUGAUGGCGAUAUCAAGAAGGGUCGUGAGCUGUGGAGCAAGAUUUUCCCAGUGUGCAAGUUCCUCGAGGCGCAUCAUUAUGGAGCUGGUAUCAAGACGGGAAUGGAGUUGCAGGGUUUCAAGACGGGUGGGUUGAGGAAGCCGUUUGAGUUGUUGGAGGGUGAGGAGAGGGCGGAGUUGGCGCAGCUUCUUAAGGAUGCUGGUGUUACUUUGGCUUAG